UUGCAAGAUCCUCGAAGGCGCACAUUUUCUUCUUUUGCCGAGAAAAUCAGACCAUUUUCCCGAGAAAAUUAGGAACAUAAGAAGAGGGGUCGAUGAGCUUCAGACCGUGAUUAACCACUCCAGGACGAUGAUGAGGUCGAUCCCUCAUGGAACCAAACCAAAAUCUCUCAUUGCGGAAGACGACGACGAAUGAUCCAGACGAUGUGAAAGUGAUUGAGUGGGAGGACUUUGAGCACGAUCUUGCGACGUUGGCGAGCCUUUCUUCUGCACUCAACGAAGCUAAGGAGAAGAAGCGAAGCCUUCAGCAGAAGCUCGAGACACUCAUCCAGGUCCAUACUGAAUCAUUGGGUCGGUUGAAUGAACUUGAGGAGAUGCGUCAUAAAUUGGAAUCAAAGAAAAUGAUGAUGGAGAAUAUGUCUAUACGUUCCAGACUGGCAAAGGAGGAUGCUAGCAAGCAGGAGGAGCAGCUUAGUAGUGCAGUGCAAUCACUUUUGGUGGCUGGGGGUGCUCUUUCUGUAUCUAGCAGAAAUCUUCAGGAAUCGAGAGGAUUACUGUCUGAAGAAAAUGGUUAUGUUCGGCUGACAAACUUGCAGAAGAUGCUAAGGAUGAGGCAACAAUAUAUGACAUCUCAAAUUUCAAUGCUAUAUCCUGUAAAGAUCUCGGUUGGACCAGCACAAGAGCAAGAGCUUGAAGCAUAUCCUUUAGGUAGCCCAGCAGGAACUUCUGCAGGUCUUAAACCGGUUAAUCAAGGAUCCUUGACAAUUCACAGUCUGCAUUUGACCAUGCUAUCUUUUAGGAAGAUGAGUGUUUUCACUGAUAAAAAGGAAAUUCAGAGGUCUGCUACUGCCCUAGGAUAUGUUGCACAUGCUGUUUCUCUUAUAGCCUCAUACUUGCAAGUUCCACUGCGAUAUCCUAUACGGUUGGGCGCCUCUCAUUCAUAUAUUAUUGACAAUGCACCUUCAGUAGUGCUGACAUCUUCUGAAGCUUCAUCAAGUGCAUUAUCUUCCACAAAUGCCAAGCAUGUGGAAUUCCCCCUUUUUUUAGAAGGUCAAGACACAACAAGAGCAGCUUAUGCUAUAUUCUUGCUAAAUAAGGAUUUAGAACAGCUUUUGAAUUUCAUUGGUGUCAAGAGUUUGGGACCACGCCAUGUAUUGGCUAAUUUGAGGGAGCUUUUAAGGACUAUCCAGUCUUCAGCUUUUAUAGACAACUUGAUCUAGUAUUUUUGUCUCACCUGUAUCUUUUCUGUAAAUUGAUUUUUUUUUUUUAAUUCCUUGCACGGGUGCAAAUUUUUUUGGGGCACCUUCCAAUGUAGCAUUGUUAUCAAAAUUGAGGCUGAUG